UCCGGGGCGCCGAGCGGGAUGAACUCGGGCGCGGGCGGCGGCGGCUGCAGCGGCGGCGGCGGGGGCGGCGCUGGGGCCGCGGUGCGGUCCGGAAGGGGCAGCCCGGGAGGGGAUGGCUUCGCCCCGUCGGCUCUGGGGACCCGAGAGCAUUGGGAUGCUGUCUAUGAGAGAGAGCUGCAAACUUUUCAAGAAUAUGGAGAUACAGGAGAAAUCUGGUUUGGAGAAGAGAGUAUGAAUCGGCUAAUAAGGUGGAUGCAAAAACGCAAGAUUCCAUUGGAUGCUUCAGUGCUUGAUAUUGGAACUGGAAAUGGUGUUUUCUUGGUUGAACUUGCAAAAUCUGGUUUCUGUAAUAUUACUGGAAUUGAUUAUUCUCCUUCUGCAAUACAGCUUUCUGGAAGUAUUAUAGAGAAAGAGGGUUUAUCUAACAUUAAGUUAAAGGUAGAAGACUUUUUGAAUCUUUCCACAAAGCUGUCUGGAUUUCAUAUUUGUAUUGACAAAGGGACUUUUGAUGCCAUAAGCCUUAAUCCUGACAAUGCGAUUGAGAAGAGGAAGCAGUAUGUGAAAUCCCUCUCUGGGGUGUUGAACGUGAAAGGCUUUUUUCUAAUAACCUCAUGUAAUUGGACCAAGGAAGAGUUGCUAGAUGAAUUCAGUGAAGGAUUUGAACUUUUCGAAGAGCUGCCAACACCCACGUUCAGCUUUGGAGGCAGAUCUGGAAACAGUGUAACAGCAUUGGUUUUCCAGAAAACGUGAGACUUUUCACUGGACAAAUUCAGUUAGCUUUAUUAAGAAGCUCCACAUCAAAGUAAACCUGACACAGAAAAUGCAAGUGCAAAUAAAUGCUUAGUAAGUACACAGGAUGCACAUGUUGAAUAGCUAUAAUGGGUUGGUAAAAAUAUGAACAUGUGAAUGGUUGAGUUUUAGACACCAACCGAGAAUCAUUUAAAGUUUUCUUUUGUAUUUGAAAUGUAAAUAUUUUUCUCUUUGAUUAAAACAAAUUUCCUGUAACUGUUGAACAAGUAAACUUUAAAGCAGUAAAUGAAUUUACAGAAAGCAUGUAUUUUUGGUUUUUGUGCCUUGGUCAAAGUUGAAUUGGAUAUAGUUGCUCAUUAAGAUUUGACGAAACUACUCCAGGGCCAGAAUAAUAAACACCAACUUACUUAGUGUUUUAUUAGACUGUUUAUGAAACAUAAUAAGUAUAAUAUUUUAGAUUGGAGGUGGUUAUUAAAAAAAAAAACGCAAUACCUGGGAAAAAUGCCCUAGUUUUCAUGUGUAUAAUUAAACAGAAUCAGAUAAAUGUAUGAGUUGAUCAAGAAAUACUUACUGAGCUUGUGUUUUGCUGCUGAUGGCCUUUUAUACACUGUGAAGGAUAAACAGGAAGUAGGAAAGACAACUAAGAGAUCUGUUAUUUGGUGUUAAGUUGCAUUAUGGUAUUAAGUCACUGAAUCCACCAAAUAUCUUCUUCUCAAGGAAUGUAAUUAACCUAUUCCUGCUUCUUCAUAUCAGAGGGAUAGUACUGGGGCACCUGGCUGGUUCUGUUGGUAGAGCAUGUGACUCUUGAUCUCGGGGUUAUGGGUUGGAGCACUACAGUGGAUAGAUUACUUAAAAAUAAAAUUAAAAAAAAAAAAAGAGGCUAGUAUUGGAUGGAGGCAGGAUUCUUUGGGUCUGACUAAAACCCAUUCUCUUCCUCUGGCAUAUUCUGCUUCCCAGGUGCUAAGUCUCUGCCUUAAUGGCACUUACAGUUCAGUGGGGGAACCAGGACCGGUCCAGAGAAAACACUGUCAGAGGAAUUGAGUAGUUGAAUUUUCAAAGCUCUGCAGCUCCUUUUUGGUGACGGUGUUGGUCUGUGGACUGUGAGUUAGUGAGUCAUCCUUCACUACUUUUCUCCAUCUCCCUUUUGUCUUAACAGACUUGCCUAAUCAAGAACUGAAUAGUGUCAUUCUUUUGUGAAAGGGUGGUGUAAGCUAUAUGUGUAUAUAUAUAUAUAUAAGCCUUCAGGGACAUGAGGACAAAGAUGUUUUAGUUAGGACUAAUUAGCAAGAGAAACAGUUUACAUAUUAAUGUUUUUGAAGAGAUAGGUUAAUAUAUAAUGCCAUUUUUGUAUUUGGGCUGAUAUUUUCAUGUUGGAGCCACAAAACACGUUUUUUAAGUGAUAAAAUUUUUGAUGAUUUUCAGCAUUUUGAAUCUCUUGGGUUUUUGUUUGUUUGGCAGAUGUUAGUCCAGUAAUGAGUAAGUCUAGCAUUACCAUCCUUUUUCUUUUCUUUUUGUCUCUGAGUGGGGGCAGGGUGGAGGGAAGAGGGGUUUGAUUUAGAUCAACAUUAAUCAACUAUUAAGAUUACUACCUGCUUUGCAAAAGAUAACCGAAGACAUUUACAUAAGCUUUCAACACAAAUAACAUUGCUUAAAAAGGUUUUAUUUUUAAAAUGUAAAGGGUGAGAUGUUACUUCAAAAUAUAUGUGAUUUAAACUUAUUAAAAAUUGUGUUGAUUGAAAAAACUGCGCAAGGGAUUUUAAACCACAGAAAAACAGUUUAUAAUUUAUUGAGGAGGUCUGGUCUUUGUUGUGUUUUCAUAUUAUUUUUUUUGAUGUCAAAUAUGAUAAUAGUGUAGAAGUACUUUUUUUUAGAAUUUUGAUUUGUUAUGCAUGCUGUUUUAAAGCACCACUCUAACAAAAUAGGCUUUCUGUGCCACCAGACUGAGACAUUGGGUUUGAUUCACUGAUAGCUUGGAAUGGGCCUUUGUUGAAAAGCUCCUCAAGUCACCCUCGUGGCAGGGUAUGUAUGUUCCAUUUGCAAAGAUGAAGGAUUUGGGGGGAUCAUGGAGCUGUUGCUAAGGUUAGGAGAAGGGAUUUGUCAUCUCUCCUUAUCGGUUAAUCCUGUUGGAAGCCGGCUUCUCAGAGGUUGCAGUUAGAACAAAUGGAAGGUCCCAAAAUGCUAACAGUAAAUUAGUAUUUUCAAAUAAUGCCACACUUUAAAAACCAGGCCAGUAAAUGGCCCCAAGUUACUGAAGCAAGUCGUAAAUAUGUGACUAUUAAACUGAGUUUUGUUUAAGGCACAUGACUAUGUGGGUAACUGGAAGAAAUUAUACAGUUAUAAAAGGGAGCAGUGAGUUCCAUAGUAAGUGCUGGUUUCUCUGCAUAAGAAGCUGGAAUUGUAAUUUUAUUUCAUCAAAAGACACUCUUAUUUUGAGGAAACUUGUUUGAAAUGCAAACGAAGUUUCUCUCCAGAGCCUGAACGGCAUUGUUGCUUCUCAUUAUGAUGUUAUUGCUGCAUAGCCAGCGCUUCUGUGUGUAGGAAGCGCGCCGGCCUGUCCGAAGGGAUUUGAGGCUGAAUGGGUGGGUUACACCAAUUAACAAAUAGAAAGUUUUCAGAACAUUGUGUUUUAAGCCAGGUGCACAAGUUAGAGUUGCUUUUUGGGACUGGCAUUUAUGCAUAUGAGAAUCAAACCUGACACUACUCUUGGCAGCUUGACUGAGGCCAUUUUAAAAUAAGUACAAACUGUCCUUGAAUUGAUUUCCCCCCCCAUUGUA